UCAAAAGUCCAACGUUUUCUGGGUUUGAUUUGGUUUAUUUUGAUGUGAACUAGAGUUGGUGCCUCAUAAUAUUAUUUCUUGUUGUUUUUGUUAUUUAUACAUGAUGUCCGAUGUAGACGAGAUUAUUGAUUACAUAAAGUCAUUGAAGAAAGGCUUCGAUAAAGAUUUGUUUCAAAGUAAGAUCGAUGAAUUGGCCCAUGCAGUUGACACAGUUGGUUUGGAAUAUGAAGAUUUUCACACAUUGUUUAAAGUUUGGCUAAAUUUAACAAUACCCAUAACUAAAUGGGUCAGCAUCGGUGUGUGUCUUGUACCUCAGAACAGUGUGACUGAGCAAACUGUGGACUAUGCUCUACGAUGGCUGUUGGCGAAUGCACAAGAUCAGACCAACUUCUCCAGGAUAGCUUUCCUUCUAGAUUGGCUUACAGCUGCUAUGGAUUGUGAGUCUGUAGACAUUGCAGCUCUAGACUGUGGAUAUGAAGUUUUUUUUUCUUUCCUGACCUCUGAAGUGCUUGCAGCCCAUGUGCUGAAGUUGGUAUACACACUGACAAAGCCAACAGAUGUCACUAGAACAAGGGUGUUGGAGCUGUUUGAUUGUGCCAAGAAGAGAGAAAGUAAAAAGAGCAUGUGUAGGCAGCUGCAAGUGUUACUCGGCUUGUUCAAGUCAUAUAAGCCUGAGUGUGUGCCAGAAGAUAUCCCUGCUGUGCCCGUCCACACCACAUUCAAGAGCAACAUCACCCUUCUGACCAGGUUUAAGAAAUGGCAGGAACAAAGAAAUGACGAGGGAACUCAAAGUCUACAUUUAAGGUGGACAAAUCCCAUGCUGGGAGGAAACGGCAAGAAGGGUGAAUCACUGGUACCUAAUAUAGAAUUUAUAAAUAUUGGAUCACAACAGUACCAAGACAAAGAGCCUCAAAAGAACUAUCUUGAUUUCACUGACCCGGUAUCACUCCUUCAGUACAGCGUGCAUCGCUCAGUAUCGCGCCCGGCGAGAUUACGAGCACUCCUGCGCAACAACACAGGAGUCAUGCUACUGGCUCUCAGCGACGCACGCACGCAGGCCGCGCUCCACCACGACCUGCACUACAUGCUCACUGGCUGUUUUCUGGAUGCAUCGCCACACAGCGAGUUGGAAAAGCGUGACGCACUGCACUGCGUAGCUGUACUACAACGCACUUUAUGCCAACCGAUACGGGCUGCUUCGGCUUUCUUAGCGCAUUUUCUGCCUCUCUGGGAUGAGACUCACUACUUUAACGAGUUUAUUAACUAUAAAAAACUGACUUUUGGGCUUCUAAAUCCUGGUUCGCUCGGUACACGUCAUCACGAGUUUCUUGCGGCUAUGUCAAGUGCUGAUGUGGAUAUUAUGGCCAUAUGUGAAACCUGGCUGAGAGAAGGACAGGAACUACGCGCCCCGGCGCCACCUGGCUACCGGCUACGGCACGUGCCGCGCGACGCUGCGAGCGGUCGCGCGCGGGGCGGCGGCGUAGGCAAAUAUGUGGAGAUGGUAUCGGAAGCCCGCAACCUAGGCCUGCUUAUGGACAGCUCUCUGCACUUCGAAAACCACAUCUUAGAAACUAUCUUGGAGCUGCUGGAAUGGGUCUCGGCGGACCCGGAGCUGCUGCCGCUGGUGCUGGAGCCCGUGGCGCGCGCGCACCACCACGCGCCGCCCGCGCGCCGCGCCGCCGUGCUGGGCGCGCUCCACACCCUCUACACCAACCUGGUUUACUCAAGUACCCGUAGAAGACAGCACUUCGUGUGUAGCGCGAUGCCGCGCGACAUUUAUAAGGACGCGCUGAGCUACGUAGCUUCUACUAUAAGCACCAUGUGUGGCAGAGCUCUACAAGUUGACCCAGAGGACCACCUUGCACUAUACAGCUGCGUGUCCGGCGCGCUCCGUGCGGCGCGCGCGCAGCUGGUGCUCGGCGCACCCUCGCUGCCCGCGCCGCCGCCGCUGGCCGCGCUGGCGCUGCCGCUGCUGACCGUCUCCGCCGACCUGCUGGACAAGGUGGCCGCGCUCAUCCUGACAUACAAGGAAAUAAUGUUCGCAAUGCAAUCUAACAAGGAGAACAGGAGAGAUCAAAGCUACAUCGAACAAAAGAGGACGCUCAAAGGGUACACUUCUGACAUCGUGCGUUGCCUGGUGGACGAAGCCAGCUUCUCAGGCGGGCAGAGCGGUCUGGUCUUCCAACGAUUACACCCUCAAGUCGUUCGGAAACUGACCGAGUACAUACCAGAAUCAGAUUCAGCAUUGAGCAUAAGAAACCAUCUAGCCUUCGCUCCGUACACGUACAUACAAAUAUCUGACUCCGGUUUCGCUGACAAUGAACUGUGGUUUGAUACGGUCAUAAAGAAGGAGUUUACGCAUUUAUCUACGUUAUUAAACAUGCUUGGCUGGGGUAGAAAAAUGGUUGAUUAACGAUUUUGAACCUUAUGUGUUAGGUUAAGUUGGAAUUGGCUUUAAACAUAGUGUUUUAGUGUAAAGUUUGGACGUAAGUUAGCCUAGAUUGUUAAGUACUUGCCUCGGCGUGCCUUGUUUAAGUUGUACGAGUAGUAUAAGACAGCUUUCAGAACCAACUCUACUUAUAGUGUAAACCUAACUAUGUGUUGUGUAACAUCGCGUUGUUUUAAACGUGGCAAAUGUAAUUUGUAAUACAGUGCAUUAGAAGAAAUAUAAGCAUAAACAAUUUGAAAGAUUCAUGGUUAACCACAAAAUCUUAUAUGAAUGAAGGCAAAUGCUAGGCCAUAUGAGUCGCUUAACUUCAAACUCGGGUAAAUCCAUCUGUCAGAUUAUGCGAUUAUAGUAUUAAGAGAAGGUAAUAGAGUAGAUAUUUGCUGAGAGGGUCGAAUGGAUUUACCCGAGUUUGAAGUUAAGCGACACAUAUGGCCUUGCCAUUUUAAACGUACAAUGCUCAGAGCUUUAACUAAGGAAUAGUUAGACUGAGAAACUGAAACAAUUUUAGGCAGAUAAUAUGGAGCCAUACGCAAUUACGCACACACGUCGGACAAGUCGGGUGUCCCACCGACGCAAUUCGCUGUGAUUCUAAUUCUAACCCGUCAUGCCUAUAAGAUUUUAGGGGAAGAGUUGUUUAGAAAUGUACGUAAAUCAAACAUAUCUCUGGAAACAAUAAAGGAUCAGUUGGAAACAAAUUUUAACAUUCGACCUGCAAAAAAAUAUCACAAAAGUACUCAUUUGUACCGAAAACAAAAGGGUGAACAUCUUUUGACCGUACUGUAUUUAGAAAUUGCUUCUUGAUAUCGAUCUACUUCAGUUGAUAUUGAAAUUAUUGAAUUAAUCCCUAACACUGGUGCAUUUUCCCCCGUCAAACUGAUGUAUGAAAAUAACGUUAACUAUGUUAUGAUUACUAUUGAUGAAAGCUCUUGUGUACUGUGUCCAAAUGUAUUAUGUAUUUACAAUAUCAUAGUUCACAGCUAAGUAAUGAAUGUAAUCAGCGGGAAGCCUGUGUACGUUUGAUUAACGACGUAAUCAAAUUAGAGUAAUCAUCAAAGACAUUAUUGUAAACCAUCCAUUCAUGUGUGUAAAACAGAUUCCUGAUGACAAUAGAACAUAAUUAUUGAUUUUGGUAGA